GCAUAUACAUACACAGUGGAAAGUACUAGAAGGAAAUGACGCUCACGCUUUAUUUCUCUCUCAGCAUAUAAAUCCACUCCCCCCAAGUUGUACUCUGCUUGCAGUGUCCUCUUCUUUCUAGGGUUUUAAACAUUUUACUUUCCCUUUCGAGACUGAAAAUGAGUCGUCAUCCUGAGGUGAAGUGGGCCCAGAGGGUGGACAAAGUUUUUAUUACAGUUCUAUUGCCAGAUGCUAAAAAUGCAAAGGUCAAUCUUGAGCCAGAGGGUGUGUUUACAUUCUCUGCUAGUGCUGGAGCAGAAGAUCAUCUUUAUGAACUGAAGUUGGAACUACAUGAUAAGGUUAAUGUGGAGGAAAGCAAAAUUAAUAUUGGGGUAAGGAGCAUAUUCUGCAUCCUUGAGAAGGCUGAGAAAGGGUGGUGGAAGAAGCUAUUUCGUGGAGAUGGCAAGCCACCACAUUAUCUCAAAGUAGAUUGGGACAAAUGGGUGGAUGAAGAUGAAGAUGAUGGUGGUUUAGGUAACAACUUUGACAUGGGAGGGAUGGAUUUUUCGAAUUUCGGUAACAUGGGAGGCAUGGGAGGUUUGGGAGGGGUGGGUGAUGAUGGUGAAUUUGAUGACAGUGAUGACGAGGACCAAGAAGUGUCAAAGCCUGACAAGGCAGAAGGAGCUGCAAAGACAGAUGAUCAAGAAAAUCUAGAAGAGAAAAAGGAAGCUGCUCCAAGCACAUGAUUUAGUUGAGAUGUUAAUUUACUAAAAUGAUAGUUGCUCGUUUAAAUUUUUAAGUAUUUAUGACAAAUUAAAGGAGUGCCUUUUUCCUUAGCUGAGUGGAGUUGAGAUUUGCCCUGUCUUCCAUACUGGCUGACAUUAGUUUGUCAUAUAGACGGUUGAAAAUGCUCUUAUUAGAAUGGUGUACUUUUUUAGUCAUGCUUCAUGGAUGAUUAUUUGAACUAAUAUAGCAUUGUUGAUUCCUUUUGCCCUUA